CUCGCGACCCUGGGGCGGGCUGCUUGGUUCCUUAAUGAGUUCGAGAAAGCCGCGGCGCGGCCCACCAGGUUCCAAAACAAGGAAAUGAAGGGAGGAGGCGGGACUGUGGGUGCCUGCGGGAGCCGCCGCCGCCGCCGCGGAGGAGGAGGAGGCGGAGGAGGUGGCUGCCGCGGCCGCCGAGGAGUCCCUUGCUGAAGGCGGACCGCGGAGCGACGGGCGGCGCGCGCGCGCCCGAGCGACGGCUGUUGGAGAAGUGGAGCGGCGGCGGCGGAGGAGGGACUGAGUGGCGGCGGCCCCCGCGUCCCGGUUUCUCUAUGGGGGAAGCAGACAAUGGAUUAUGAUUUCAAGGCGAAGCUGGCGGCGGAGCGGGAGCGGGUGGAGGAUCUGUUUGAAUACGAAGGGUGCAAAGUGGGACGCGGCACCUACGGGCACGUCUACAAGGCGAGGCGGAAAGAUGGAAAAGAUGAAAAGGAAUAUGCACUUAAGCAAAUUGAAGGCACAGGAAUAUCUAUGUCGGCUUGUAGAGAGAUUGCACUUUUGAGAGAACUGAAACACCCUAAUGUGAUCGCAUUGCAGAAGGUGUUCCUUUCUCACAGCGACAGGAAGGUGUGGCUGCUGUUUGACUAUGCAGAGCAUGACCUUUGGCAUAUUAUUAAGUUUCACCGUGCAUCAAAAGCAAAUAAAAAGCCCAUGCAGUUACCAAGAUCCAUGGUUAAAUCGCUACUGUACCAGAUUCUUGAUGGCAUCCAUUACCUCCAUGCAAACUGGGUGCUCCACAGGGACCUGAAACCAGCAAAUAUCCUAGUAAUGGGAGAAGGUCCUGAAAGGGGGAGAGUCAAAAUAGCUGACAUGGGUUUUGCCAGAUUGUUCAAUUCUCCUUUAAAGCCACUCGCAGAUUUGGAUCCAGUAGUCGUGACAUUUUGGUAUCGGGCUCCAGAACUCUUACUCGGUGCCAGGCAUUACACAAAGGCCAUCGACAUCUGGGCUAUCGGCUGCAUCUUUGCUGAGCUCCUGACUUCAGAACCCAUUUUUCACUGUCGUCAGGAGGACAUAAAAACAAGCAAUCCUUUUCAUCAUGAUCAGCUAGAUCGAAUAUUUAGUGUCAUGGGGUUUCCUGCAGAUAAAGACUGGGAAGAUAUUAGAAAAAUGCCAGAGUACCCAACACUUCAGAAGGACUUCCGAAGAACAACGUAUGCCAACAGCAGCCUCAUCAAGUACAUGGAGAAACACAAGGUCAAGCCCGACAGCAAAGUGUUCCUCCUGCUUCAGAAACUCCUCACCAUGGAUCCAACCAAGAGAAUCACCUCAGAGCAGGCUCUGCAGGACCCUUACUUCCAGGAAGACCCCCUGCCAACGUUAGAUGUGUUUGCUGGCUGCCAGAUUCCAUACCCCAAAAGAGAAUUCCUUAAUGAAGAUGAACCAGAAGAGAAAGGUGACAAGAACCAGCCGCAGCAGCAGAACCCACAUCAGCAGCCUGCAGCACCCCCACAGCAGGCAGCAGCCCCCCCACAGGCUCCUCCACCACAGCAGAGCAGUGCCCAAACCAAUGGAACUGCAGGGGGAGCCACUGCCGGGGCUGGGGGCACUGGAGCGGGGCUGCAGCACAGCCAGGACUCUGGACUGAAUCAGGUGCCUCCAAACAAGAAGCCCCGGAUCGGGCCUUCGGGUGCAAACUCAGGCGGGCCCGUUAUGCCAUCGGAUUAUCAGCACUCCAGUUCUCGCCUGAAUUACCAAAGCAGCGUUCAGGGGUCCUCACAGUCCCAGAGUACGCUAGGCUACUCUUCCUCUCAGCAGAGUGCCCAGUACCACCCAUCUCACCAGGCCCACCGGUACUGACCCACUCCCUCUGCUUGGCCUCAGAGAGCAGAGUGCCCAGUACCACCCAUCUCACCAGGCCCACCGGUACUGACCCACUCGCUCCGCUUGGCCUCGGAGAGCAGAGCACGGAGCACAGACUCCAGCAGGGUGGUAUUUACAAAGAACCCCAGAAGGAAGACUGACAUCAUGCAAAGCGCAGACGCCUAAGAGGAAGCCUUUGCAUGCUAAGUGUUUUGAAGGACUAAUAGCUCUUCUUCGUUGGCUUGAAGAAGAUUCUUGUGAAGUGUCCCCAGCCCUCUUCCCCGCAUGAAUUCCUCUGUGACUUUCCUGAUGAAGCAUCUGAUCUACCCCAGCACUUCUGCAUCCUUCAGCAGUCUCUGAAGGAGUUUCUGGUGCACCUUUCUCACGCUGUAGCAAUCAUUAUAAUUUAUCUUUUCUUAGGAUUUCAAUGUUCUAGGAACAGGGUUCCAGUGGUGUAGAGUUUUAUACUUCAUGAACCGAUUUAGCAACACCAGUCAAAUGCACCUUUAAAGCACUAUUCACAGACUAACUGCUUUGCUCUUGGAAGUCUUAAAAAGAAACUGUUACUGUCCCAAAGUACUUUACUACUAUGUUUUUAUUUAUCUCUUUCAGGGAAGGUCUAGUGAAAGACAAGUGUGGGGCAGAGGUGCCCACAGCCAAACACAGCUUAGAUCAUUGCAGCUUAUGCUAUGAAGAACUGAAGUACUUGGUGGUUUUUAUAUAAUCAUUCAUGGGGAACUCAGUUCCCAGAAUCAUCAUAUUCUGAAUUUUAUAACUAAAAUUAUAAUUUUAACUUCAUGUAGAGGUUUCAAGAGCUUUGAUGAAGUUCAGCCCUUUGGGGCUCACCUGGGAAGUCUGCAGAGCCUGUUUGCUGCACUCGGACCUCGCGAGGAGCCGUGCUUAUCAGAGCACGCUUCUUCCACGGGAAGGAGAAGCUUUUGCCAUAUUGUCAGGGGCUUCUCUCGAGGGGCUGCUGGCUCUUCAGUCUCUUCACAUCUGCUCAGCAUGAGGAACUUUCUUCCGUAAUCAAGGAUACUCAAAUAGAAGUCUGUUAAUUCAUCUGCAGUGUUUUCCAUUUGUAUGUACAUUAAGCAUAAAGUGACUAUUUUUAAAGCAUGUUAAACUUUUAGGUUUCAUUCAUGUUUGAAGUAUGUAUUAUGUAUGCAUAACUUUGCUGUUACUGAGACGUAACGCCGUCAAGAAUCUUUUUUUAUUGCACUGAAUGCUUUCUUUUGCCCCUAGGAAAAAACUUAAUAAUUGUGCCUAAGAACUAUGGGCAGAUAGUGUAAAGUAGAUGGUAAAUAUUUGCAUUUCCAUGAUCUACGAAUUAGAGGGGAGUUCCUUUUUAGCUACUUUUGAGGAGCCCCCACCUCCAGAAUCAAGAGGAAAUGUAAAGGCUUCGAGCUCCCAUUGGAGUGCGGGGGCAGGACAUCUGUGUUCUGCUGCUCCUAGCAGCACCAGCCUUGUUUUCAAUGUUUCUUGAGCUAGAAAAAUAGCCAAUUGUAUAUGCAAACUAUAUGCAUUUUUAAAAAAAACUAUUCUUGUGAACCUAUCUACCUGGUUAGGAUACUCUGGGGUCCAUAUACAAGUAAAAUAAGAUUUUUUAGAAGCCAGUAUACAUUUUGCACUAUUGAUGUGAUACUGUAGCCAGCCAGGACCAUACUGAUUUCAGCAUAAUGAUGCUUAUAAAUAGUAAUAAAGGCUGUAUAGUGACAUGUGUACCAGGACCGAAAAUGAAGUCAUUGACACGUGACAUGCUUCAUUAGGAGGAAUUUCUGACUCUCUCCUUAGAUUUUUUUUAUCCUGUAUAUUUUUUUAAAAUAAGAUUCAGCCUCGUGCAUAAUGUAGCUAUCCAUAUAAAGUUCUGUCCUGUGCCCUGGAGCCUCUUCGUCUAGGACCAUUGCUCCCUAUCACAGGCUCAGUGCUCCGCUGGGCAGAAAAACAAAGAACAGGAGACGUUUCCUUGUUAUAGCCAAUCCAGUGAUAAUAAACUCCUGUGGGAUGUCUGUGCCAUGUGGUUGACUUAUAAAUGUCACAUGAUAUGAAGGUCCUUUUGUUUACUUCUGAACCCUCUUGGAUAAGUAUGCUUCUGUAUUUUAUGGUAAGCAGUGUUAUGGGGAAGCAGGUCUGUGUCUGACCAUGGAGGAGAAAGCCAGUGAUUAGCUGUCACAAAAGGCAUCUAUGCAUAUUUGAAAUGUUCACAGCAGCCUUCAGCAGUUGGGUGGCCCUUGUGGACAGAGCAUAUUCUACUAAGUGGUGGUAGAGAAUUACAAUGAAAACAGAAGCUCUGCUCUUGCCCUUGAAUGAGCUCAAUUUAAUAAAAGAUAUUAGCCCCUAGUCUAAUACACACACACCACACACACACACACACACACACACACACACACACACACACACAACAGUUCUUUGUAUACAAACUGGAUACACAGUUUUGGCAGAUGCACUUACGCAUUCACAGGACUCAGACGGCACUUUGUCAUUUGCUUCCCGUGUAGUGUCUUCCAGGACAUAUAGCCAGAAAACCCCACCAUCUGCAAGCCAGGCUCCACAUCGCCGCACUGACUCUGGCCCUCUGCUUUUCAGUUCCUCAGGGUUGGUGAUGCAUACACACCUGGGCCCACUGCUCUCAGAAAUAAUUUCUCUUCAUUAUUCCCUUCCUCUGUGAAGGAAGCAAAGCCUUUUGUAUACAUUAAGGCCAUAGUCCAUGGGGUGGGACCUCAAAUGACCUGUGAAGCUUCUUAUGGGUGGAACUCAUCUUUGUGAGCCUCAAGCAAUGGUAUUUCUCUUUGAACAUUCAUUAGAUACUGUUUUGUUCUCUAGGGACACAGGGAGACAUCCUCUGAGUUAGGGGAGCCUCCGAGUCUAGGGAGGGUUGAAGGAUUGAGUUGAAAGGAUUCUGUUGUACCUGUUAAGUCACUUAGAGGUAGCUUUGUAGCAAGGGGUUUGGGGAAAGGAUUCUUGUAGCAAGGAGUUUGGGGAAAGGAUUCCCGCACCUAGGAGCAGAGUAGCUAAAAGUACCACGGCGUGAGUUGGUAAUUUGAGGCUAAAACAAUCCUUUUGAUGAAGUAAACCAUGAAGUGAGAUGCAGAGAUCAAGAGACAAGUCUGUUUUUAUUCUGUGCUUUUGAAAUUUAGGACUUGGAGCUCUGACAUUAUGCAUUAUGCACUCUGUAACGUAGCUCCAUUAUGGGAAGGUAUAGCCUCAUGCUCACACACACGCUCCCUGCCUGAUGCCUGGUUGGUCUCUUGCCCCUAAGAGGAUGCUCUGCUCUGCUGAAAGGGAAGAGAGAGAGGAGGACUUGCAGCUUGCUUUGCUUCUGAGUUAAGAUGUAGCAGCAGCUAUGCACUGCUUCCUAGGUGGCCAAGAGAGACACCGAAUGGCCGGUGGGCUUAUUGGAGGCUCCGAGGAGUCGAGGACAAGUAAUCAUUUUAUACAGAGUGUAGCAGUUUAGGUCCCCAUAAUCAUCAAGAGUAGUCAUAACCAUCCUAGCCCCAAAGGCCAGUGUUUGAGGGAUUUAAGAAGUGUAUGAUACCUAGGGGUAUUUACCCUUCAGGCUGUUUUCUGUAGGGAGUGAUGACAAUGUGUUACAUGGGGAAUACCUGAUGCACUCUUACCACCUAAGUAGUGAGUAAAUUAAUACUUUUUUUUUUUUUAAAAAAAAAGCUUUGUCUGGGUAGACACUAAAAGCAUUACGCAAAGCCAGGACUGAGAUGUCCUUUUUAAUAACAACUGAAAGUACUUUUUAUAUAUGCUAUACAGUAUGUCCUUUCUAAACUAGUUUGUAUUCCUGAUAAUUCCUAUUUGUGACGUGUACCUGUCUAUCUUUUUGGUCAUUUUCUGCACGCGCCCCCUCAGUAUGAUUAGAUAUUGCCAUGGCUCUCCUUGCUCUGCUGUGAUGUGUGUACGCCAAGCCUGCUGCCCUCUCUGGGGAUGCAGGGUGUGUGGCCUCGGCCUCUUCAGAACUGGGUGCUUCUGCACUGGAGUUAUCCAGCCACCCUUCUCAAAGUGACUCUUCCAGCUUCGAUAAGUUACAUCACAUUUAUUUUAUAUUCUUGAUUGAAAUAAAAUUUAAUCGACUUUG